UUACUGCCCUGCAGUGUGGCUUAGGUGUUUCAUUUACUCAAGGUUACCAUGCCAUGCUGUUUGUGUUAGUAAUGAAGAGCUGCUGCAGGAGGCAGCUGACAGUAGCAUCUUGCUGUAAAGAGAAACCGGCACACAUUUUCCGAGGCAGUGGUACUUUAAUUUGGAUGUUGAUACUGAAAUUAGGGUAAAAGAGAAUAUUUGAGAAGACUCCUUCAAGUCUCGGUAUACAAACCUAAUAAAAGAGCAGCUCAAUGAACACUCAAGAGAAAGGAAAAGCUCAGGAGGAUGCAUUUCAGAGACUAACAAAACGAAGUAAUGGAGAUGAGUCGACUUGUAAAAAUCAAUGGGGGUCGACAGCAGUUCCAGAAUCUAACCUUGAACCUAUUUAUGAGCGUGAUAAAGAAAACUUGGAAAACGAAGAUGAAAAUCAGUCUGGUCCUGUUUCUGAGGAGGAGAUUCCAUUAUAUGUACAGUUUCUAUACAGUCAUUUAGGGAAAGACAGAGCUGAGGAUUUUCUGCACCCAACUAUUGUGCAACAUGAUGCUUCUGCCAAAGUGAAACAGAUGUAUAAACUAUUUGAAGGAACUAUGGAUUCAGAAGAGAUCUGGAACAUGUUAAGAACAGAAUCAAAGUUCAGAUUAAUUGACUUGGACUUCACUUUUUCACGACAACUUAAAGCAGCUUAUGACAGCUAUAUCAGAGACAUGAUGAUAAGGAAGAAGCUUAAUGUACAGAUAUCAGAUAUGGAGAAUUCCUCCACCAACAAGGUGAACAUUUUACAGCGCAUAAGAAAAGAAUACUUAAAGCAGCUGGCACUGAUGUACAUGGCUUCUGAGCUAAACCAAGAAAAAUCUCAGCUGAUCCUGGCUAAUAACCCACUUUCUGAACUCAAUGACUUGGAAAACUGCAGUCCAAUCAAAUAUUUGAGUGACACGUCCUUGUUGAAGCAACAAGAGUCAUCUAGAAGGACCUGUGUAUUUCCACCCUUAAUUUGCUACAAGAAACAGCCUCCAAUAAUUACAAAUUAUACCUGUCUAAAGAAAAGCAUGGACAGCAAAUCUCAUAAAAAUCUAAACAGCAGACUCCAGGCCCAUCCUGUGCCUUCUACGCAUUUGCCACAAAUUCUACCUGCUCGGGCAUUGCUACCUGUUAAGGAGGCUGCUUUGAGAUCAGACAUCAGCAAUUUCUAUUAGAUGCAGUGAAAGCAUCCAUUUCAACAACAUCAAGCUAUUUGAACCUGUCCCUCUGUCUGCACUCAUGGAGACAUCGCCAAUAAAUUCUUUUACAGAAGGAGGGCUCAGUUAUUUCCAAGCACCUCAAUGGACUAUGACUAUUGCAGCAGAAACGUAUCACCAGAAAGCAUCUUAUGUACAUAGCUGCUAUAUGCCUGUCACUAAACUGGCACGCUUGGGCUGACCUGCAUGGCUUGCUGCUGCCGUAAUCCUCACCAGGAGGAGAUUUCAGAGGAUGAGAUGAGAGAUAGAGAGCAUCUGUUGCACAUAUUCGUGUGUGUGGUUUUAUUGUCACAAUUAAUUUCUUUGCUUUUGUUUACCAGCCUAUUUUACUAUACUGUAUAGGGCCUACAUUCCUGUAGUAUUUGUACUGAGAAAUCAGAGGAAAGCUUAAAAAUAGCACAAAGUAAAAAAUGUACUGUUCUGCUUAACCUAUACGAGUAUGUUUGCAAAUCAUGUGCAAUUCUCACAUUCUCUGUUAGUUAACACAUGCAAGUUUAAAUUCUACUGCAAUAUGUAAAUGUGACAAUAUGGAAGCUAUAAACCUAUUUUAUACAUUUCAUGACUUUCUUUAUUUCUUUCUAAAUAGUAGCAGUGAAAAUUAGCCUACAUGAUUUGCAUUGUAAACUAUCAUUAAACAUUUUUCAUGUACUGUAUUUGAUAGAUGAUAGAGCUCUUCUAAACAGUGUAGAUUUCUGACCAUGUAGGGUUUCAUAUGUACAGUCACUUAAAGAAUAUUAGACCAAGUAACAGACUACUUUUGUCUAAUACGUCGAACGGGAUGGAUUAUUUAAUUUUAAAUGGUGCAUUUGAAUUCAAUAUUAGGAGGACAAGACACGGUCAAUAAUCUUCUGUAUGGAUAAUGAUAUAAAUGUAUUACAGAACUAAUCUCUCUAUUAUAAAAGAAAAUCUUGAGACAAGACUAUUGCCAAUAGAUUUUUUCAAGUCCUGCCCUCAUCUCAACCAUUUACGGUUAACAGCCCAUUCCCACGGUCCUCUCACAUGUCAUUCGUGUGAAUGCUUUAAUCAGACACAGUUCCUGUGCUCUCAGCUCUUAUACAUUUU